ACACACACACCCACCCCACUGGAGCUGGACUCCAGCAAGAAUGACCUGCAGGAAAUAAUAUUUUCCUUGGAUCCUGCUGAAACAGAGGAUUCUGUUGGCAAAUUAAAGUCUCUGCAGAAGGAGAUGUACGAACCCUUUGGGAUGGUAGAAGUGCUAAACAACGCAGCCAAUAGCUUGCUCAGUGUCUGUGAGAUUGAUAAAGAGGUUGUUACGGAUGAGAAUAAGUCACUGAUCCAAAAGGUAGACAUGGUCACUGAACAACUUCACAGUAAGAAACUCUCUCUUGAGAACAUGGCCCAGAAGUUUAAGGAAUUUCAAGAAGUUUCCAGAGAAGCUCAAAGGCAGCUUCAGUAUGCAAAGGAACAGCUGGAGGCCCAUAAUUCCCUAGGACCCCAGGCCUACAGUAAUAAAUACCUGACCACACUGCAGACUCAGCAGAAGUCACUUCAGACCUUGAAGCAUCAGGUCGAUUUGGCCAAAGGACUUGCACAGGACCUCAUGGUGGAAGCCUCAGACUCAAAGGGAACCUCUGAUGUUCUCUUACAAGCUGACACCUUAGCUCAAGAGCAGAGUGCCCUAAGCCAUCAGGUUGCUGACAAGUGUUCCUUUUUAGAAACCAAGCUUCAGGGCAUUGGGCAUUUCCAGAAUACCAUAUGAGAAAUGUUUUCUCAGUCUGCAGAGUUUGAUGAUGAACUGGAUGGCAUGGCCCCAGUGGGGAGAGAUACAGAAACUCUGCAGAAGCAAAGGGAGGCUAUUAAAGCCUUUCUGAAGAAACCGGAGAACCUCAUAGUGAACAACAGCAAUGCCAAUAAAACCUGCAAGAUGAUGCUAGCCAUGGAAGAAGCCUUGCCUGACCUUGUUGGAAUCAAAAGGGACUUGGAGGCUUUAAGCAAACAAUGCAACAAGUUACUGGACCAAGCCCAAGCCUGAGAAGAACAUGUUGAAGAGACAAGUCUAGAAGAAUUCUACAGCAAAUUGAAGGAAUUUUCUGCUCUGCUUCAGAAGGCUGAAGAACAUGAAGAGUCUCAAGGUCCUGUUGGUAUGGAAACAGAGACAAUUAACCAGCAGCUUAAUGUGUUCAAGGUAUUCCAAAAAGAAGAGACGGAGCCCUUGCAGGUUAAACAGCAAGAUGUCAACUGGCUAGGUCAAGGCCUUAUUCAGAGUUCUGCUAAAAACACCAGCACCCAGGCUUUGCAGCAUGACCUGGACGAAGUCAAUGCAUGGUGGAAGACUCUCAAUAAGAAUGUGGCUCAGUGAGCAGCGCAGCUGCAGGAGGCCUUGCUGCACUGUGGAAGGUUCCAGGAUGCCCUGGAGUCCCUGCUCAGCUGGAUGGUGGACUCUGAGGAGCUCAUGGCCAAUCAGAAGCCCCCAUCAGCCGAGUUCAAAGUGGUGAAGGCCCAGAUACAGGAGAAAAAGCUUCUCCAAAGAUUGUUGGAUAACUGCAAAUCUACUGUGGAGGUAAUCAAACAAGAAGGAGAAAAAAUUGCUGCAACAGGAGAACCGGCAGAUAAAGUGAAGAUUUUGAAACAGCUGAGUCUCUUGGAUAGCAGAUGGGAGGCACUGCUUAAUAAAGCUGAGAUAUGGAAUUGUCAGUUGGAAGGUAUCUCCAUGGUAGCACAGCAAUUUCAUGAAAUCAUAGAACCACUGAAUGAGUGGCUUACAACCAGAGAAAAGAGGCUGGCAAAUUCUGAGCCCAUCGGAACCCAAGCACCUAAACUUGAGGAACAGAUGGCCCAGCACAAAGCCUUAGAAGAUGGUAUCACCCAUCACAAUAAACAUUUACAUCAGGCUGUUAGCAUUGGCCAGUCCUUAAAGAUUUUGAGCUCCAGGGAGGAUAAAGAUAUGGUGCAGAAUAAACUAGACUCCUCUCAAGUGUGGUACAUUGAGAUUCAAGAGAAAAGUCACAGCAGGUCUGAGCUUCUCCAGCAGGCCUUAUGUAAUGCUAAGAUUUUUGACGAAGAUGAAGUUGAACUGAUAAACUGGCUGAACAAAGUGCAUGACAAACUGAGCAAACUCUCAGUCCAGGAUUACAGCACUGAGGGACUGUAGCCGCAGCCCGAACUUUGGGUUCUACAAGAGGACAUCCUAUUCAGGAAACAAAAUGUAGAUCGGGUCUUACUAAAUGGUUUAGAACUACUUAAACAAACAACUGGUGAUGAAGUUUUAAUCAUUCAACAUAAAUUGGAAGCCAUUAAAGCAAGGUAUAAAGACAUUACUAAGCUGAGCACAGAUGUCGCCAAGACCCUGGACCAUGAGCUGCAGCUGGCAUAGCGGCUGCACUCCACACGUGAGGAGCUCUGUACCUGGCUGGACAAAGUGCAGGUGGAACUGCUUUCAUAUGAAAUUCAGGUCCUGCAGGGAGAAGCGGCAAGCCAAGCCCAAGCAAGACAACAAGAGCUGAAGAAGGAAGCCCGGAGCAACAAAGCCUUACUGAAUGCCCUUAAUGAAGUGACCAGUGCUUUACUAGAACUGGUGCCCUGGAGGGCCAGGGAAGGGCUUGAGAAAAUGGUGGCCGAGGACAAUGACCACUACCAUCUGACGAGAGACACCAUGAUUCAGAAGGUGGAGGAGAUCGACGCUGCCCUUCUGAGGUCACAGCAGUUCCAUGACAAGAUCGACCAGGUCUGGGAGAGCCUCGAAUGCAUCAUGGAGCUUUUGAGGCAGCUGCCUUCUAUCUCUGCUGAGGGUGAGAAGAUUAAGGAACAGAUCCGCGAAAAUAAGAACAUGUCAGUAGACAUGGAGAACCUACAACCAUUGUAUGAAACUCUUAAACAGAGAGGAGAGGAAAUGAUUGCUUGCUCUGGGGGCACUGACAAAGACGUAUCUGCCAAAGCUGUUCAGUAUAAGCUUGAAAGAAUGGCUUUCUUUUGGGAGAACAUAACACACGCUGGUGGAAGAAGGGAAGCCAAACUACUGGAUAUAAUGGAAUUAGCAGAGUUCUGGUGUGAUCACCUGUCGCUGGUGCUUACCACUAAAGAUGCACAAGAUUUCAUCUGGGAUCUUGAGGAUCCUGGCAUUAAUCACUCAGUGAUAAAACAACAGCAAGAAGCAGCAGAGUCCAAGAGGGAAGAAAUAGAUGGGCUGCAGGAAGAGCUGGAUAUAGUUAUCAACCUGGGUUAUGAACUCAUCGCUGCAUGUGGGGAACCAGAUAAACCCAUUGUCAAGAAGAGUAUAGAUGAGUUACAUUCAGCAUGGGAUUCUCUAAAUAAAGACUGGGUGGACAAACUCAAGGAGGCAAUGCAGGCUGCUGUUCAGUACCAGGAUGGCCUGCAGGCAAUAUUUGAGUGGGUGGAUAUUGCAGGUGGUAAAUUAGCUUCAAUGUCUCCAAUUGGAACAGAACUUGACUUUGUUGUCAAGCAGCAGAUUGAAGAGCUAAAGAACAAAGUGUCCUUCUAUAUCCCUCUUUAAAAAAAAAAGUAAUUUAAGUCAGAGGCCUACCAACAACAGAUAGAAAUGGAAAGACUGAACCACCAAACAGAGCUUCUGCUGAAGAAAGUAGCAGAAGAGAGUGACAAACGCACUAUUCAAGACUCAUUAAUGGAACUGAAAUCAGUAUGGGAUAGUCUGAAUGAGAGAAUUAUCAAUCAACAGCAUAAGCUGGGGGGUGCUCUGUUAGCACUGGGGAAGUUCCAGCACACUCUCCAUGAACUGUUGGCCUUGCUGACUCACACUGAGGGCAUGCUGAGUGAACAGAAACCUGUAGAAGGAGACCCUAAAGCCAUCGCAAUUGAACUUGCCAAGCACCAUGUGCUUCAAAAUGAUGUAUUAGCCCAUCAGUCCACUGUCGAAGCUGUUAACAAAGCAGUAAAUGAUCUAAUUGAAUCAAGUGCAGGUGAAGAAGCAAACAACCUUCAGAACAAGCUGGAGGUUUUGAAUCAACACUGGCAAAAUGUUUUGGAAAAAACGCAAAGGAAGCAGCAGCUGGAUGGUGGCUUGUGCCAGGCCAAAAGCUUCCAUGGUGAAAUUGAGGGGUUGCAACAGUGGCUGACUGACACAGAGCAUCAUCUGUUAGCAUCCAAGCCUCUGGGAGGUAUGCCAGAAACAGCCAGGGAGCAGCAUGCCCACAUGGAAAACUGUGCUGCCUUUGAUGUUAAAGAAGAACCAUAUAGAAGCCUGAUGCAGAAACACCAGCAGAUGCUUCCAAGAUGCCCCAAAUCUGCAGAGACAAAUAUUGACCAAGACAUAAAUAACUUAAAAGAAAAAUGGGAAUCUGUGGAAACUAAACUCAAUGAAAGAAAAACUGAACUGGAAGAGGCCCUCAACUUGGCAUUGGAGUUCCACAAUUCUCUCCAAGACUUUACCAACUGGCUUACCCAGGCUGAACAGACCCUGAAUGUAGCUUCUCAGCCAAGUCUUAUCUUGGACACAGUCUUAUUUGAAAUGGAUGAACAUAAGAUCUUCUCAAGUAAAGUAAAUUCUCACCAUGAUCAGAUAAUAGAGCUGGACAAAACUGGAACCCACCUGAAGUAUUUCAGUCAGAAACAAGAUGUUGUCCUAAUUAAAAAUCUACUGAUCACUGACUCUCAAGAUGGCAGCAUAAGUAGAGCAGUGGAGAAAACCUCCCUGGCUGAUGACAGCCUGAAACUGGAUGACAUGCUGAGUGAACUCAGAGAGAAAUGA